AGGAAGAAGGCGGAGGCAGAAGAAGAAGAAGGUGUGCUUUUUAAAAGGGUGUGUUGCUGCUGUUGGAGUGUUUGAGGCCACUUACAGGACACAGUUUCAUAUGUUGGGAGCUACCUUUUGUUGAGACACAAACCAGGUUUACUGGGUUGUUCAGGUCACAAGUGUGUGAAGAUGCAGCACAGCAGCAGCAGCAGUCAAACUGACUUUCAGCAGCUGUGGCAAAGCGGGACCACCCUGUUGAACCGCUUUUAUAGUGACCCCAGGGUGGCACGGGUGAUGAAUACACCAGUGGGGCAGUACCUCAGCAGCCACCCUUUCCUCGGUCUAGCACUGAUGCUGUUCAGCACCAUGGCUGCACUGCCUGUUGGACUUUUCCUGGUGUUCGCUCUUGUGACUGCUGUUAUGUCGGCAGUAGGCUUUGUUUUCUUUGAGUUGUUCCUGUUGUCUGUAGGAGGGCUGACUCUGCUGUGUGUGCUCUCUGGUCUCGCACUCUUCUCCACAUUGGUUUCAUUCAUCAUUAACGCCUUUUAUUUCAUCAUCUUCACCAUCCUCAGCUAUUACCCACAAAUGACAAAGUUAGGUAAAGUCCAGGGGAAGGAAAGUGAGUGUGAAACUUCAAACCUGAAGGAGAUACAGUAGCCUGAUUCUACUACUACUUCUCUCUCGGUUGUCAACUUUCAUCUUGGGGUAGAGAGGGGCCUUAAAUCAGCACUACUUAGGUUUGAUAGCUGGGUUUCAUAGAUACAAACUGUUGAAUGUAGGGUGGCUUGAAUCUGGGAUCUGUAAAGCCACAAUGACUCCCUGAUGGUUACUCAGUGUCUAAAGCCUGAAUUGUAUUAUGAAAUAUUUUUCCUAAUUUGCUUGUCAUAAUCUUUUUAUAUAGAGUGCAAUAGAUAUAUAAUGUCUACAAAAGCCAAAGGCAUGAUUUAACUAAUAUUCCCAACUGCCUCAUUAGCCAAACACAGCAGACCUAUUAUUACUCUAAUCUGUACAGCUCAUUUCAAGCACUAGAGAAAAGAGGACAAAUGUUGACUCGCGGCUGAAGAGCGUGCUUUAUCCGAAAUUAGCCACACGCUACUCAAUUAUUAUGACUUACGGCCUGAAGAUGCUUUUAUAUUUGAUAUUUGAUGUGCGUGCCCCUUAGGCAAUGAAAAUGUGUUACAGAUAAACUGUUACAUGUUUAUUUUUAUUGCUACUGGAAAAGAGCACAGUGUUGAACGGUUGCAAUAUAUCUGUGAAUAAAAGCACAUUAGAAUUAACAUCUUUGUUUU